CAGAAGUCUUGGGGCUCACGCUCCGAGAUCGUCUGCACAUAAAUGUCGAGCGUCCCCAUAUCCCUGUCGACCGACCGACACCCAAUGGUCAGCCCAACGGGAACACGCGUAUGGACGGGGAGCUUCCCCCAGCUACUCCUCCCGAAGAGGGGGAGGACCGCUAUAUCCGCAAGCUGAAGAUCUAUGCAAAGAAUCUACCCUAUUCCAUUGAACCUGAGUCGAAGAUGAUGGAGAUUCUCGACUUCAUCCUGCUCCGCCUCACCCAGUGCGUGGAGGCGAAAGACUAUGAUGUCGGUCUUGUGCAGUGGGAUUCACUUCUGUCCUACUGGAUGAUGCUCAAGUACCCCAUCCCGAAGGAGAAGCGCAUCCGCCUCGCGAAGCUAUACUACCACCUGUGCACCGUGCCGGGCAUGUCCACAAGCAACAUCGCGCUUUGCGCGGACGCGUUCAAGGCAUUAACACGGUCCAAGAAGAAGCUUUCGAUCGAGGACAUGCGGCUACCGUGGAAGCCCGUAUACGACCUACUAAGUAAAGACCUGUUCUUGGCGAGGCGCCAAUUCGAGUAUACGCAACUCUCAUGGUGCAUGGGGUACCUUGCCAGUCAUGCCCGCCGCUUUUACCAUCCAGGGGCAAUUGAGGAGAUGCUAAACACAUUCGUCCCGCUCAUCAACAACACGAGCUUGAAUAGCGUCCUAUGGUCGCAAUAUGCGCUCCUCACUUUCCUUCCCGAGUCGCACCCUCAAGCGUACCUUCCCAUGCUCUUCCGUCAUUGGCAAUCCGUCAAUUCAUACCUCUACGAUGAGCGGAUGCUAGACUUCGUGUCGAGAUUGACCGUGCUGCACGUCGACCCGAGCGUCAGUGACCCUCGGAAGAUCACAGACGUACCAGACGACGCGCUCUCUGAGGGCGAGGGGCGACCGAAGUGGGCGCAUGAAGAACCCGAAGACAACUUCGUGUGGUCCGGCAUCUACAAGGACGUGGGUAUUUUCACAGAGCAGCAGUGGUCGUGGGUGAUGUGCAAAACACUUGUGUCGAUGGAAAUCCCACUAGCGGACGCAGGCUCCCUCACCACAGGCCCGCAAGCCGACAAUCAAGCAGCGUUCGAGAUUGACCGCUUGCCGAAGGCAGCUUGGCGCAUCCCGUCGCUCGCUCGCAUCCUGGUGUACUCCAUGGCGCCAGAUAGCAUGCCCUCACCUGCAUCGAACGCGCCUACACCAAUGUUCACGCCAACGCCCUCCGGCAUGAACACGCCGAUGGUACAAUCGAGUUCGCUGAAGGAGUUCCUUGCUGCGCCACUUGGUAGAGGUCACUCCGUCUCCCGUGGCAGGACGUAUCUUGCGGGCUCGAAAGCGCUUGACUCGCUCGUGACGCUGAUCGCGUCGGUGGAGAGCUUCUUCCACCCCACAAACUCGGGAGCGUGGACUGUAGACUUGAGCGCCUUCGUAAAGUAUAUCGCGUAUGAGUUCAACAAGAGAUGGCAUGAGGAGCACCAGCCUGACUGCAAAACGCCCACGAAUCGGCGUCUCACGCGCACUAUGAAGCGCGAGCUCGUCAAGAGCAUCCGCACCGUGGCACUGCUUGCCAUGUUUUCGCACGACCCUAAGGUCGUCGUCAAUAUCCAGAGUUGCUUGAAGUCAAUGAGCGUGAUGGAACCUGAUCUUAUUUUGCACCCGAUCUUGGACCGUGCGGUGCCGUCAUUGGAAGCGGUCGUUGAGACGCAACGCACGAUCAGCAUCAUCAAAGCACUUGGCGCUAUUGCUCCUGCUAUUGUCUGUCGCGACGUUUAUUACCCCGGCGCGAAGUUCCUUGUCCCCCUUCUGCAGUUGCUUAUUCCAGGAAUCGACCUGAACGAUCCCUCCAAGACCCUAUGCACCACAGGCUUCCUCAUGGAGAUCGCGCAGUACAUCAAGAUCGCAGACCUCACUGCUGGCGAGCCCAAAGCCACCGACGACACAGUUCCUGCUAUGCCGAGCAACGCCUACGCCAACCUCGCCCUGCCUGCUUUUACCUCCGAUAUGGGCAUCGCGGAUAUCACUUCACGAUUAUCCGACGAGGAGGAAGAUGAGUUGCUAAAGGCAUCGACGCAGGACUUCGCCGAUUGGAUCGCGAACCUGGUCCGCCGGGUUAUUCAAUUGCUUGAGAAUCUGCCGGAGGAGGGCGCGAACGGCUCAGCAGGCGGGGAGCUGGAAGUGCAAGUCGUCGACGCAGUCGCCGGCGCCUUCAGCCAGAUCUGCGUGCACCUGUCCGAGCCGCUAUUCGACAUGGUUCUGGGCAUGGUCUACGACUAUGCCUCGCAGAACGUGCGCUCGAACGCAGUUCGCGCUGUCCACCAACUCGUCGAGUGUGUCGCGAAUGCCGAUCCGGAGAAGACGAUCAAGCGCUUCUUGCCGUUGUGCGAACGCAAUAUCCGGAUGGAGUUGGAUAAUGGUGCUGGAUCCUUGCGUACAACGAACUCGAGCCGGCCAUUGCCGUCUGACACGACGCUGCAUUGGAAUUUGGCUAUGCUCAGAGGCACUGUUUACAACGACGGUUCCGUCAUAGUCAAGCACCGCGAAGCUCUGCUUAACAUCGUCAAGCUGCUGAGCAGCCGCUGCUACUCGAAGCGCGCAUACUCGUGGACGGGCAAGUUCCUGACGAGCAUGUUGAUCACCCUGUCGCAUACGUACCCGCUUGAGAAUAAGUUUGUCAACCCCGACGAAUGGAAUAGCGAGGAGUUUAACAAGGACCACUACAAGCACUGGGGCAAGAUGUACACGUCGGAAGAUGUGUCGGUGUCUUGGCAUGUGCCAAAUGAGCAAGAGAUCGACUUUGUGCUCCAGAUCUUCCGCGAGCUGGUCGAGCCAACGCUGGCCACUUUAGAAGGAUUGCUACAACCGGGCGUCGUACGGGAUGCCAUCUGGCGCAACGACUUUUGCCGCCAUCUUAGUCUGGUCCGCAGUGCAUUCUCGGGUACGCCUACAUUGCUACAAGAAUUCCUGACGGAAGAAGAGGCGCUCAACGAGAAGCUGGAUACCGACAUCCUCAACGAGAUACCCGAGAUGAUCGCCAACAUCGCGCCGUGCACGGCUGGUUUCUGCUUGACCGACCCCGCUGAUCCGCGGUAUCAGUACGUGGUGUCCUUGAAGCGGCGAUUUGGGAGCCUGCUGCACCAUGCUUCGACAUCAUUGCGACAGCAGGGCGAAGAGAACACGGUUGACGCUGUGCUCAUCCUCGUGCGGUCCAUACGCUCUUACAUGCUGGAAUACGGCGACUCUCGCGAUAGCUUCUACGUGAACGAGGACCAGUAUGCGUCUGAGCAGAAUGUUGCACGUCAAUACGCGAACCAGAAGGUCUGGCCCCGCGCGGUCUUCGUGCGCAGGGCAAGAUACUACCACUCGGCGCGAUUGAGGUGGAAUUCCAUCGAGCGAGCGCGCAGAAAUACCGAGAACGCUCUCAUUGACGACCUGGUGGAAUGGUCGCUUUGGCACUACCCUAUCAUCCGACAAGCCGCACAGGGUGUUCUCGAUGCUGUCAAUGGUACAUACGACGGCGUAAGGAAGCGUGCUCUUCCCGUACUGUUCAAGGCCUUGGAGCCUGGUACAGAUGAUGAUCGCAUGAAGGGUGCGUUGUGGACGCUGAACAUGUCGGCUUUCGGCAAGUACGCGGUGGGUGAGCCGACCCUCUGCGCCGACUUCUGGAACGCCAUCUUUCGCAGCCAGUGGAACGAGAAGCCAUCGAUUCAAGAGGCCGUCUCUGUCGUUGCCGACAAUGCCCUCAAUAGCUUCGUCGAACCGUGCUACCUGGUCUACGACGUGCCGACGCCGGAUGUAGACGAAGCUGUCAAGGACAUCAAGGCGAUACUGGACAACAUGCCGAAGGACGCUGCUUUGACCAUCCGCUGUAAGGAAAACAGGAUGAGGCGGGUCAGCUUGCAAGAGCGGUCAGCGGAGCGCAUCACGAACAUGGUGCUAGAGAUUGGACAUGCAGACAAGACGCAUUGGCGCUACCUCAUCGUGGCUAUGCGUGUUCUGCGCACGCUGGUCAGGCGAGAUGUCCCCUUGACGAAGGCGCAGAUCACGUUCUUCCUCGAGAAGUGUCACGACGAGCAUCCUACGGUCCGAUACUAUGCCCAACGCGCGGUGAUGAAGGGCCUCCGCAACAUCAAGCUUCGCACACUCUGCAAGUCUUCCGCUGACCUCGUGCAGUACCGUCCACGGAAUCCUUUGAAGGAAGACGUGAAGAUACAGCAACUUCCCAUCGUCAAGCGGCAGCUUCUGGACGCAUAUCGCGACAAGCGUGUAGACCUUACGAAAGGCAGCGACCAGCCCAUGCUCCUGGAUCAAGACCCAUUCUGGCUAGCCUGGCACGAUCAUAUUACCAUGACUCAUGUACCGGAUGUAGUCAAGUCGACGUACCAGCCAUGGGAGCCAGUUAGUCAAGAAGCAAUUAAAGCAGUCCGCGAGCUGGCAACGACGAAGCAAUUUUGGGAGGACCUCGUUACGUAUUACGGAGAGGAGAACCACGAGUCUACGGUUGUCCAAGAUAACAUCGCCACGGUGAAGAGCAUUUUCCAAUUGCUAGAAGACGAGCCGUUCCCGUAUGUCAAGCCUAUCCUUACCGACCUUCUCUCCAAAAAGGACAAGAACAAGCAACGAGCUGGCGCUGAGCUCCUUGCGGGUGUCAUCGGAGGGUCGAAGAACUGGCCCGGGGAGAAGCAGAAGGUGCUUUGGGACUGGCUCACGCCUCAAGUGCCGUCGCUACUCGGUGGUAAUGUUCAGACCGACACAAUCAUGGUGUGGACUACCUUCUUGGAGUACAUAUUCUACAAGAAGGAUCCUCGUCGCCUACAACCGUUCGUAGACUUCCUCAUGAAGGAGUUCAAGAUGGUCGACUUCCACGCCGAAAUGUCGCUCGAUGCGCUCAAGGUCCUGUCGAUGUUCCGCGCGCUCUACGAGGAGUUGAACUGGAAGUUCUCGCCCUGGACAAAUGAGGUUCUCAACCGCUGCUGGGCGGAAAUCCACAGUGAGCACGACGAUAUCCGCGCGUACUUUGGCGAGAUUGUGGCCUUUGCUGGCAAGAUCAAGCUUUCCGCUCGUCCGUCCAUCCCCUCCGUCGAGGUCUUCGUCAAGGAAUGUCGCCGAGUACCAGAAGAGUUCGACAUCAUGGGCACGCGUGGGGUAUACCAUAAGAAGAAGGUCGUCGAGCUUGUGCAGAAGUUCGCCGUAUGGCGUCAAGAGCGGCAACCGGGCGUUCGCGCGUUUCAGUCGACGUACGACAGGGUCGGGAUCACCGUGUGCAAGUGGCUGUUCCAGAGCGUGCACGAUACGAAUGCAGCGUCGGUGUUCGACUAUAUCUUGCCUCUGAUGCCUGAGCUCUUCCGCUUCACGGAAGUACCCGAUAACGACGAGCUUGCGCAGCGCGCCAACCUUCUACUCGUCCGGAUGUGCGGUGUAACGCCACCGGCGUCGCUCGUGAACCCCAUCCUCGACGCAAUUUUCGAUGCGAUCCAGAACUCACCGUCGUGGAGAGUGCGGUUGAAGGCUCUACCGCUCGUGCAGGUCUUUUACUUCCGUCAAGUGCCGCUCAUCGGCGAGCAAAAGAUGGUCGAGAUCAUGGAGGUCCUCUGCAAAUGCCUUGACGAUGAGGUCGUAGAGGUGCGCGAGAUGGCUGCGACGACUUUGUCGGGUAUCCUUCGCCUGUCCCCGCGGCGCAGUGUCAUGACGCUCAAGGACCGCUUCGUCCGCCUAGCGAAGAACAGCCACAUACCUCCACGCUCCGAUCCCGGCUACAGCGCCGCCAUCCGACGUCGACAUGCGGCGAUCCUGGGUAUCUGCGCGUUGGUGGACAGCUACCCGUAUACAGUGGAGAAGUGGAUGCCGGAUUUGUUGGCGAAUAUCUUGGCGGAGCAUACGUAUGACCCGAUACCCAUCUCGACCGCGGUGCGGAACUGUGCGAGCAACUUCAAGAAGACGCACCAGGAUACGUGGCACGAGGACUGCAAGAGGUUCAACGAGGACCAGAUGGUGGCGUUGUCGACGCUGUUGACGGGAUCGUCGUACUACGCGUAAAUGAACUUCAACUUGAACGAAUUGAUACGAAUGGACAGAACAACGAAGAGAUUUGAAUUGCAUGUAUCCCAGAUCCAACGGACAAGUAGUAGGUGGAACA